AUGCCUACCGCCGUGCGGACCUCUUCGGGCGCGGGCGUCAUCAACCUGGCCGCCGCCCGCCCCGACCCCCAGCCAAAGACCACCACAUCGCGCCCGCAGACAGAAAACGGCCACCCCCGCCGCAACUCGACCAGCGAUCACAAGCGACCCUCGAGCGCCCCGGGCGACGACAACAACAAGCCCAAUGGCGCCCACGUCGCCGACCCCCCGCAGGCCCGAGACAGGCCGAAGAAGCCGCCGCUGAUGAGAUCCAAGAGCGACCACCCUUCUCGGGGCCUGCACGUAGACACCAGCACCGACUCUUCCAACGAUGAGCAGACGGUGGCGGCCGCUGAAGACUUUGGAACCCGCCACGGCUUCGACGGACACUACCAGAGCGAGGACAUAAUAUCCCAGCUUGCUAAUGGCUGGUACAUGUAUUUCACAGACAAGAGGCACGAGACAACCGGGAAACCCAAGGCAGAGCCGUUCCAUAUCCAGGAUUGGCGGAUGAGGGAUCGCUUGAAGACAGUCUCUGCAGCCCUUGCCGUUUGCCUCAACAUCGGUGUUGAGCCACCAGAUCAGCUCAAGACGAACCCAGGCGCCAAGUUGGAGGCGUGGCAGGACCCGACAGUUCCGCCAGUCCAGAAGGCCUUGGAAAACAUCGGCAAGACACUGCAGGGGCAGUACGAGACGCUCGCCAUCAGGACAAGGUACAAGCAAUACUUGGAUCCAUCGGUCGAGGAGACCAAGAAGUUCUGUAUCUCCCUCCGUCGAAAUGCGAAGGACGAGCGAGUCUUGCUCCACUACAAUGGUCACGGUGUGCCCAAGCCCACGGCAUCGGGAGAGAUAUGGGUCUUCAACAAGAAUUACACGCAGUACAUCCCAGUGUCAUUAUACGACCUACAGCAGUGGUUAUCUGCGCCUACGAUAUUCGUCUGGGACUGCUCCGAGGCUGGGAACAUCCUGAGCAACUAUCACAGAUUCGUCGAGAAACAUGAGCAGGAGCAGGAGGAACUGGCCGCCCGCGACUCAAAUUACGAAAAGGCCAAUUUCAGGCCUUACAUCCACCUGGCCGCCUGCGCGGUCAAGGAGAAUCUGCCGACAAACCCACAGCUUCCCGCGGACCUGUUCACUUCGUGCUUGACUACGCCAAUAGAAAUGGCCCUUUGGUUCUUUGCCCUCCAAAACCCGCUCAACAAGGAGCUGACACCUGAACGAGCCAAGAAGCUCCCGGGCCGCCUUCAGGAGAGGCGCACCCCGCUGGGCGAGCUAAAUUGGAUCUUCACGGCCAUCACGGACACGAUCGCCUGGACGGUGCUCCCUCGGCAUCUCUUCAGGAAAUUCUUCAGGCAGGACCUUAUGGUCGCCGCCCUGUUCCGCAACUUCCUGCUGGCUCAGAGGAUCAUGUCCGUAUAUGGCUGCCACCCUGAAUCAUAUCCAAAGCUGCCGGAUACCCACAACCACCCCUUGUGGGAUAGCUGGGACUUGGCAGUGGACAUGGCACUCUCCCAACUACCGGCUUUGGAGAGGAAGGAGACGGAGGGCAUCGAAUAUGAGUACCAGAGCUCGACAUUCUUUACCGACCAGUUGUCAGCCUUCGACGUCUACCUCACGAGAGGAGAUGCCAUGUCACAGAAGCCCCCGGAGCAGCUGCCUGUGGUGCUUCAGGUACUGCUGAGCCAGCAACACAGGGUCAGGGCGCUGAUUCUGCUCGGCAGAUUCCUGGACCUCGGUCCAUGGGCAGUUCAGCUUUCACUCAGCAUCGGCAUUUUCCCCUACGUGCUCAAGUUGCUCCAGUCGACCCACGCGGAGCUGAAGCCGGUCAUGGUUUACAUCUGGACUCGCGUGCUCGCCGUUGACAUCACAUGCCAACAAGACUUGAUCAAGGACAGUGGCUACAACUACUUCGCACAGAUACUCAAGCCUUCAGAGGUUCUCGUGGUAGCCAACAGCGAUGAGCACAAGGCCAUGUGCGCAUUCAUUUUGGCAAUGCUAUGCAAGGACUACAAGCCUGGGCAAGUCGUCUGCAACCAAACCGACAUCAUGACAUACUGUCUACACUAUCUACAGAACGAGGACAACCCUCUGUUGCGACAAUGGUCAUGUUUAUGUCUGAGCCAGCUUUGGCUGAAGAUGCCGGAGGCGAAGUGGCGGGGAAUCCGGGAGGGCGCACCCACGAAGCUCUCUGCUCUGACCAAAGACCAGUGCUGCGAAGUUCGGGCGGCCAUGCUCGUCGCGAUGACCACCUUCAUCGGUAUCCCAGACUUGACUGCCGAAGUGCAAAGGAUAGAGGAAGCGAUAACAUGGACGCUGCUAGACAUGACCAACGACGGGAGCCCGAUGGUCCGGCGGGAGCUGCUGGUAUUUCUGUCCCAUUUUGUCCUCCGUUACGAGAGCAAAUUCGUAGUCACUGCCUACGAACACCUGCUGGAAGAGAGGGAAUACCUGCUCUACCCGCCGAGAGAUGAUGUUUUCGAUCGGCAGAACAUGCUACUACAUUACGCACGGCCCGCCAACCGUGACAAAGAUGGCUCCAUCAAACCUCAGGCAGAGGGGUUUUCGAAUAAUACCGUCAUCGCUGCCGCCUGGAAACACAUCAUGAUCAUGAGCGUGGACCCUCAUCCGGAAGUUCAAAAGGAUGCGACCAUCGUCACGGACUAUGUGCACAACACACUUCUUCACUCUGCUGUUGGUGCGCAAGCGCAGAAUCUUAUGGAGGAGAUACAACGGCGGACGAAGCGUACCUUCAUGAAGAACCAGCCUUCUCACCAGCGGACCAAUACGAACAUGUCAGUUGCUUCCGAUACGUCAGUGCCCGCUUCUCCGGGUCUUCUGAAGAGGACCUUCAGCACGAUCUUCGGGCUAGGCUCUGUUGCGGACAACCUCAACGCGUUGGCCAUGCCGGCACCCUCACAGUCCGCCUCCAGGACUGGCUCGCUGAGGAACAGGACAGGCCUGCCCGAUGCUCCUCCGGAACAAAAUGAGCAAUCCCAGGCGCCUGCCAACUAUCAUGUUGCAGAAGAACCCGUCUCCGCAGGGUUUGAGGAACGCGACAUGAAGGAAGUCCCGGUGCUCCCGCUGCCGAGUGGUUUCCUGGACUGGUCGAUCGAAUAUUUCAGGGAGCCGCAAAUGAAGCCCAAUGAAGCCGAGGAACCUGGCAGCGUGGAGUACAAUGCGCGGCUGUGGAGACGGUCCAGAAACGAGAGCAUCCUGCGGGAGACACAACCUCAGAAGUCUCACGCCGGGUCGCACAAAUGGAACCAACAAUUGGCACUCAUUAACAACGGCGCUCAGCCCUCAAAGAUGACGUUCCAUCAGUUUGAGGAUCAUCUGGCCGUCGCAGACGAUGCCAACACUGUCUACGUCUGGGAUUGGAAGCUGCAAAAGCGAAAGAGUAGGUUCUCAAAUGGCAACCCAGAGGGCUCCAAGAUCAGCGACAUCAAGUUCAUCAACGAGGACGACCAGGCGUUCCUCAUGACCGGCUCUUCGGAUGGUGUCAUCCGCAUGUACCGAAACUACGCCCCAUCGGACGACGAAGCCCACCUAAAGAACAAGAAGCCGGAGCUCGCCUCCUCGUGGCGAGCAUUGACACACAUGGUUGCGAGCAACGUCAACUCGGGCAUGGUUUUUGACUGGCUGCAGGUCAACGGUACGGUCCUGGUUGCGGGCGACGUGCGGGUGAUACGCGUGUGGAACGCCAGCUCGGAGACAUGCAUCAUGGAUAUACCCGCGCGGUCAGGAAGCUGCGUCACAUCGCUGACCUCGGACCAGAUGACAGGCAACAUAUUUGUUGCCGGUUUUGGGGACGGGGCCGUACGUGUAUUCGACCCGAGGCUGAAGCCGCAAGACGCAAUGGUUCGAAAGUGGAAGGACGAGCCUGACAGGCAGUGGAUACGCAGCGUGCACAUGCAGCGAGGCGGACAGAGAGAGCUCGUCUCCGCCUCGAGGAAUGGAAAGGUCCGGCUGUGGGACAUUCGAAAGGACCAGCCGCUCAAGGUGUUCCAAACGACAAAGGAUGUUCUGAGGACGGCAAGUGUUCAUGAGCACCUGCCGGUAUUCUGCGUCGGCACCUCAGCCCACAUCGUCAAGGUCUUCAACUUCCACGGAAAAGAGCUCUCACGCUCAGAACCUUAUUCGAGCUUCCUGGGACAGAACCGUGGCUCACCCAUCUCGGCAACUGCUUUUCACCCACAUCGCAUGGUCAUGGGCGCCGCAGCAAGGGGUGACCACCACAUUAACGUUUUCAGCUGUACGAACGAGCCGGCAUUCGGCACGAAUAUGUAA